GCUGAAUCAGGAAAUUAAUGUCCACUCUUCAUUGCAGAUCCCGCCUUCAUUCUUGUUUGAUAAUUUCUCGAAAUCUAAAAGCACAACAUAGAUUUAAGCUAGUGUCUUAAGUAGCUGAACAUGUUAUUACUCCAACCAAGUGAAAGAGAGAAAUUACACGUUUUCAUUUUCAUCAAAAAGUUCGGUGCGAGACAACCGUUAACCCGAAGACAUAUCUCUACCCAUGAGUUCAGCCAGUCACCAUGUCAACGCCUGGUUUUCUAUUGGAGAAGCAGCUUCUGCGCCUCUUCCAUACUGUACUUUCAUUGACUUUGUUUUAUAGAGGAGACGGUAUGCUAUUCGGCCAAAAUUAGAAGUACCAGUACGGCGCUCCGGACCGCACUGGUUACAGGUUGACUAGACAGAUCUAACACAGUGUUGCCAACUCCUCAGUAUGGAAAGUAGCUAUUGGCGGUUCGCUUUUUAAUUUAUUUUUAUUUGUCGCUAGAGGGGUCUGAAUACUCGCUAAGUUGACAACACUGCGAUUCUAGAAUCAGCUUUAUCCAUCUCGAUAGACCAGACUGCCCAGAAGCUCACCGCCCGGAAGCUCAUCACCCGGACCGGAAGCUCACCGCCCGUCCACUGUGGACAUGUUGCCAUGGUAACGCCGGUGACUAAAACAUGUCUGCAAAAGGGAAACAAAGCAACAAAUCAGCGGAUAAAAAUGCAAACGAUAGAAAUGACGUUGAGUCCAAAGAAAAUUAUGCUGAAAAAGCCAACCCUCAAUGGAAACUUAUUUCCCAUGAACAAAUCAACACGCUGUUGGAUUUGACAGUGGAACAAGUGCAAUUCCAGUUUGAAGAAAUACUUGGUUUGAAGAACUACCAGACGUGUCUGAAGGAGGCUUCCCUGUUGGACUACUUUGUCUCUGGCUUCUGGUGGACCAGGGAGAUGAACUACACCUGUCAACAGAUCUCAUUCAUCAUGGCUCUACUGCAAUUGUUACUGGACAAUAUCAGUGAGAAGCAGAUGCCGUUUGUUGAUAACCUGAAUGAGUUUGCCAAGAUGAUAUCAGGAACGCGCCAGUCUCCUUCUCCAGAGGUUGACUCACUGUUUGAUGCUGAGCAGGCCAUGUCCAUCACUGACUACCUGAAGUGCAGUCUCUUUCAGAACUACCAACUCUAUGAGUUUCUCUUCAGCCAACCUAGAGAGGAGCUGCUCCUUGGGAAGAAGAGGACCAUAGAGGUGAUCAGCUCAGCAGACUUUGUAGCCCCACUGGAGGAAGGCAUGAAUACUGAUGACUACCUCCAUUACAUGACUCCUGUUGAACAGCAGGAAGAGGGACAGAGGACCAGCCAGGAGGAGGAUGGAGAGGUACCAGGUGAAACAGCUCUGGAGCAGGAGAAGGAGAACAAGGCUACAGGGUUGGAAGGAUACAACGUUCAGGAUGUCAAAGACGUGCUGGGAGACCUGACCAAAGAGAUGCUGGGAACCCUACAGGCUGAAUUCACAGAGAAGCUGAGAGUCCAGGAGGAGAGUUUCAGUACCAGACUAGAACCACUGAAACAUUCUGCCUGCAAAUAGCUACAAUACACCUCAUAGUAUAACAUAUCCACUAUGAACACAAUACACCACACAGUCUAUAAUAUAUCCACAAUACACCACACAGUCUCUAAC